GCAGCGACUUGAAGCAUACAAUAAUGUUUACGUAACCUACAAGUAGUUUAAAUUAUUUUCAUUAUUAAUAUUGCAGAUGCAUAAAAGCAAAAGUGGAGCCAGUGCGCAGGCGGCGUAUACACCACAAGUGUACUGGUUCCAGAUGCUGAAAUUCCUCGACCAGUCUACUGAGGCCGACGAGAGUGUGUGCAAUUUGGAGAGCACGGAAAGUGAAACUGGAAGUGAACGUGCCACACCGACGUAUGAGGAAAUGAUUGCGCAUGAGAUACAAGAGCCUGUCGCAUGUAGCGAGGCUCAGCCACAGCCCCUGCGUCAAGAGCGGCCUCCCACUAAAAGGAGGAGAGUCACGCCAGACGUGGCAACAAACGUUAUGGUGGAGGCCAGCAGGACACUUCAGGCUGUGGCUGAUGCUGCCAGAUCCAUGCCUGUCCAUGAAGACCGCUACGGCACCCUUGGCGCCCACAUCGCAGCAGAACUGCGUGAAAUGGAAAAGGUGGGCGGCAGGGAAUACACCACUGUCACUGCGCACAGUCUGCAGCGGACAUUAAUGGACAGGUGGGAUUUGCUGCAUGCGACAGCCCGUGCACAACCGUCCACCUCUGGAUAUAUCCAGGCUGCCUUGCAGCAGGCUGGAAUAGAGGAUGAGGAUUCCAUUUUAUAAAUAUAUAUGUGUGUGUAAUUUUUGUAUCUCUCCAAUCUUCUUAAUCUAUUUUUAUAAUCAGGGUGCCUCACAUUGUAAAGUGUCUCAUCCGCUUCAUACAUCUCUAUUAAUUUUGUGGUAUCACACAUCAAUUGUAUUUUGCCAUGUAAAUAAAGUUAAAUAAAUAAAAUAAUAACAAUUUAUCUUCAUGAACAUAAAGUGUAUCGAACAUUUAUUUACCUUCAGACAAUGGUCCUUUAGUGCUUUAUAAAUUGCUUCACAAGUUUCAGGUAUUAUUUUACUUAAUGUGCAUUGUGGAAUUCGAGUGCUGUACUGUAAGCUAGAGUAACUUUCUCCUGUAGCAAGGAAUCGUAGUGUUACAGUGAGCCUGUCUUCUGCAGAUAUAGCAGUUCUUAGGUGCGUAUUGUGUUUUGAGAUAUGAGGAAUCACUUCACUGAGAACAUACUGAAAUGUAUGCUCAUCCAUUCGCAAGAAAUUGAUGUAUGACUUGACGUCUUCCACUAUUAGCUCACGUAACAAGUUUUGCUGAAUGCUUUUUUCGUCUCGUCGUGAAACCCACGGCUUCACCCAGGUACGUUUCCUUUUUUUCCCCCGCUUCUGUAUCGCAUGUGCUUGUGCACACACAGCAAUUGUGGCACAAGCAGCAGCUGCUGCGGUUAAUAACAACAAUUUGUUUUUGUCAGCCAUCUUGAACUUUGACGAAAACUUUGAUGACAGUGUAAUACCCCUUCUAGCGCUACGUCAAAGAUCUUUGUCAAAUAUAUUGGACGGAAUA